UGGCAGGAGAAGAUGUUAACAACAUGGCCCAGAGCUCCACUUGUAGGAUUCACAGCACAAAACCUGCAGAUACUUGUCUCUAAGGGCUUUUUUCCCUGAAUUGAAUUCAAGUGAAGGAAAAGAAUAGGAAACGAGAAAAAUUAACAGCAGCAUCAAUGUCUGCAUUUCACAAAACCAACGCUGACACAUCAAUGAAGAGACUGGAGUUGUCCAAGAAGUAAGGAGGUAUUGGAAUCCUCCAGUAUGGAGGAUAUGGAUAUGGGGUCCUUAUUUAAAUGAAGAACUAAAGCACAGACAUUAUUCAUGCUAAUACAGCUUUCUGUUACAAACCAGAGAACAUUGCUGAGCCUUGAAUGGUGAAUUUUUGAAGAGGUGGCUGAGAUGCAAAGAAGUAAACACUAUCACUGCACCCAUGAACAUAAGAAUAUUUUUCAGUUUCAUUGCAGCUGGAGUGAGGACUUCAUACUGAAAAAGGAUCUCAGGGAGGAUGAAAAUGAGGAUUGGGAAGAAGAAGAAAAGGUCUUCCUCAAGCCUGUUAUUGAGGAUAAAAAUAUGGAACUGGCCCGAAAAUGCAGUGAAUUAAUAAGUGAUAUACACUAUAAAGAAGAGUUUAAAAAAUCUAAAGGCAAGUGCAUAUUUGUACCUGACACCCCGCAGCUAAAGCAUGUGAAAAGCCUUGGUGCUUUUAUUUCUGAGGUGAAGUAUAAAGGAGCUGCUAAGAAAGACCUUUCCAACUCUCUUUAUCAGCAGAUGCCAGCCACAAUUGACAGUGUAUUUGCGAAAGAAUUAAUGCACCUUCAGAGCAAGGUUCUCUAUAAACAAAAACAUGAUGCUGAGAAAGGAUUUUCAGACUAUGCACGUAUGAGGGAACCUCCAGAUGUUAAACAUGCCAUGGAAGUCAGCAAACACCAGAGUGAUGUAUCCUAUAAGAAGGAUGUGCAAGAUACUCAUAGGUACACUGAAGUGCUGAACAGACCAGACAUAAAGAAGGCAACUGAGAUAACAAAGAUAAUAAGUGAUGCCAAGUACAAGAAAGGAAGGGAAGAGCUGAAUAAGGAGUCUACUGUACUUGGAAGACCUGAUUUUGAACAUGCUAAAGGAGUUUCAAAACUUUUAAGCCAAGUAAAAUACAAAGAGAAGUUCAGUAAGGAAAUGAGGAGUCACCAGUACAAUCCUCUUGACAGUGCUUCCUUCAAGCAAGCACAGAUUGCAUCCACCUUGGCAAGUGAUGUGAGCUACAAGAAAGAUUUGGAAAGCCUACAUGAUCCAGCGUCUGAUCUGCCAAAUCUUCUGCAUUUAAACCAUGCUUUAAAUAUCAGCAAAACACAGAGUGAUUAUGAAUUUAAGAAAUCAUUUAAGCAAAGCAAGUGUUUCUGUCAUUUCAGCCCAGACACUGCAGAACAAAUCCAUCUCAAAGAAAAUGCAAUGCUUCAAAGUCAGGUCAAGUACAAAGAAAAUUAUGAAAAAUCUAAAGGCAGAUCAAUGCUGGAGUUUGUGGAUACACCAAUGUAUCAAGUUUCAAAGGAGGCUCAAAAGAUGCAAAGUGAGAAAAUGUACCGCAGAGAUUUUGAAGAAGGGAUCAAGGGAAGACCUUCACUGGAUUUAGACAAGACCCCAGAGUUCUUGCAUAUAAAAGAAAUCACUAAUCUUCUGAAAGAGAAAGAGUAUCGAAAAGAUUUGGAAGAAGGGAUGAAAGGAAAAGGAAUGACAGUGUUUGAAGAUACACCAGAUUUGAUUAGAGUGAAAAAUGCAGCUCAGAUACUAAAUGAGAGGCAAUACAAGAAAGACUUGGAAACCGAAAUUAAAGGGAAAGGCAUGGAAGUUGGUCCAGAUACACCUGAGAUAAGACGAGCCAAGAAAGCUUCUGAAAUUGCAAGCAUGAAAGAAUACAAGAAAGACUUGGAGAACGAAAUUAAAGGAAAGGGAAUGGAAGUGAGUAUGGAUACCCUCGAUAUACAACGAGCCAAAAAGGCUUCUGAAAUUGUCAGCCAGAAAAUGUACAAAGAUGAAGCAGAGAAGAUGCUCUGUAACUAUUCUGCUGUCCCAGACACUCCUGAGAUGGAGAGGAUAAGAAGCACUCAGAAAAACAUCAGUUCAGUGUUUUAUAAGAAGGAAGUAGGAGCUGGCACAGCUGUAAAAGAUACUCCAGAGAUUGAAAGAGUAAAGAAAAAUCAACAGAAUAUUAGUUCCAUUAAAUACAAGGAAGAAAUUCGACGUGCAACAACUAUUUCUGAUCCACCUGAGCUAAGGAGAGUUAAGGAAAACCAGAAGAAUAUUAGCAAUGUUCAGUACAAAGAACAGCUCUGCAAAGCCACACCUGUGAGUGUCACCCCAGAGAUGGAAAGAGUCAAGAGGAAUCAAGAGAAUGUCAGCAUGGUUCACUACAGAGAGCAGCCUGGCAAAGCUACUGCUGUGAGUGUCACUCCUGAGAUGGAGAGAGUCAGGAAGAAUCAAGAUAAUAUCAGCUCGGUCAAGUACAGCAGUGAUCAGAGGCAGAUGAAAGGUAGACGUAGUGUGCUUCUAGACACACCUGAGCUAAGGCAUGUCAAAGAAACACAAAACAACAUCUCAAUGGUAAAAUAUCAUGAAGAUUUUGAGAAGACAAAGGGCAGAGGCUUCACCCCAGUGGUUGAUGAUCCUAUAACAGAGCGUGUACGGAAAAACACCCAAAUUGUGAGUGAUGCAGCAUAUAAAGGUGUGCAUCCACAUAUUGUUGAAAUGGACAGAAGACCUGGAAUAAUUGUUGAUCUUAAAGUUUGGCGCACAGAUCCUGGCUCCAUCUUCGACAUUGAUCCUCUGGAGGACAAUAUUCAGUCUAGGAGUCUGCAUAUGCUUUCUGAAAGAGCAAGCCGUUACAGUAAGCAGUAUUUACAUUCUACCAGUCUGGGAGAUUAUAAAUCAGAUGGCUCUGACACGAACCCUACCUUUUCUUACUGCAGUGAGAUAACAAGGCCAUCUGAUGAAGGAGCCCCUGUUCUCCCUGGGGCAUAUCAACAAAGCCAGACUCAAGGAUAUGGAUACAUGCACCAGACCAGUAUGUCAUCCAUGAGGUCCAUGCAUUCACAGCCUCAUUCAGCAAGUCUGAGAACAUACAGAGCUAUGUAUGACUACAGUGCUCAAGAUGAAGAUGAAGUUUCCUUCAGGGAUGGUGAUUAUAUCAUCAAUGUGCAACCAAUUGAUGAUGGCUGGAUGUAUGGUACUGUUCAGAGAACUGGGAAAACAGGAAUGCUUCCAGCAAAUUAUAUUGAGUUCGUUAACUAAUUUUUGUCUCUAGUCCUUUGAGCUUUAUUAUGAUUUACUUAAAAUCUAAUCUUUUAGAAAAAAAUCAGAAGAAUCUUUUAAGAGUUCAUGAUCAUUACUUUAUCACUGCUAUAACAGUUUGCAUUCUCACUCAGAAUCCAUUUUAGAGUCCUUCAGAGAAAAAAUAAAUAAUCCACAAGAAGCUCAGAGAUUUGAAAACAGCAUUGCUUAUAAUAGUGCUCUCUCAAAAUGAAAAACAUAUAUGGAAGCCUGGUGCUGCCAAUCCCAUAAAGACUUUGGUCAAUUAAAGGGAUAAUGCCUUUUCCUUACACCUCAAAGAUGUUAUAACCAUAAAAUUGAUUCACUUCUUAUGGCACUCUGAAGUCACAGGAGGUUAACACACUGAGUUUGAACUCAUCUUCAAAUUAUUAGGGAAACAUUUAAUGUUUAAGCAGUUAGCUUACUAAUAAAAAUUAAUAUGUUGAGUAGACAAUUCAGUCAUUUAAAAUAAAGACAAGUGACAUGCCGGUAAAAAAACC